AUGCACCCUGCGCAAUUUGGGGGCACCAUCGGACAUAGCACUGCAGAUGCGGGGAUGCAACUGGUCUACAACAUCCAGAAGGCAUGGGAGACAGGGCUUACACCCUCCGUACUCCUCAUAGAUAUCUCUCAAUUCUAUCCAUCUGUACAACAGGCGGUGUUAUUGCGCAUAUUGGCUAAGCAAGGAUUUCACUCAAAGCUUUGCAAGUUCAUGGCCGAUUACCUUGUUGGUAGAGAGACCAAGUUUUUAUUCAAUGGGGCUACUACUGACCCAUUGGAUUUCUCCAUUGGACUGGGACAAGGAUCCUCGUUAUCCCCCAUCCUAUCAGGACUUUACAUUGCCCCAGUGCUUCACAAGUGGGCACCAGGACAGGAAAGAAGAUUUGCCAAUGUUGCGGCACAAUUCUUUGUUGAUGAUGGCCUUCUGUUUGCCGCAUCCCCUGAACCAGAUGGGUCUAUUCCAGGUUCACAAUUGGAUUUAAAUGUGGCAGUCUUGGCAGACAUGUACCACAACCUCAUGGGUGACCUAGGCAGGCUUGGCUUGUCUGUGGAAUCUAGCAAACUUGAAUUAAUGCACUUUAGGCGCAACAAGACACCUUACAGUGACAGCCAUCCCCUGGGACCGGUGAUAAGACUCUGUUGCUUCUAG